UCAAACUCACUAGGCUAGGCUGCCUCCAAGCUUGUAGCAAAUCUGCCUCUACCUCUCAAGUGCUAGAAUUAAAUCCACAGAUGAAGUCAGAGCACCUGUCAUCUCCCAAAAUCCCCACCCCUGAACACUGCUGCACUGGAGACCAAGCUUUUGUAGGGCAUUUAGAUUCAAACCACGACACAUUUCCAUAGCAGCUUUUUACACCACCCACCCCAAUGCUGCAGAAGGCUUCUGUGAAACCACUGAUUAUAUAAGGAUUUUCUUGAUUAGAGUACACCUUCAUGGUAGAACAUUUAGAAAACUCAAAAAAGCAAAAUGACGGAAUUGAAAUUCUCUUUCUACUAAUUACGGAGACAUGACCCGAAUUCAUAUUACUCCCAGGAGAAAGGAAAAAGCUGUUUGUUUUUUUCUCGGACAGUUCCGUCAUGGUGUUCGAUAGCAUGGUCCAAGAAUAGUGCUGGCGCCUGCCCUGCCUGACCUUGUCCUCAGAUCCCAUCGUCCUGGCUGUCCCCACGAUCUGAAAAGUUCACUCAGUUAACCUUGCCUCUGAAUCCUAUUUGCUGAUUGCUCUCGGGAAGGUCACGGGAGCUGGAUGGAGUUUUCGCACUCUUGGGCGGUCUGUUUCCCCAUUUCCAAAGCCACACCAACGCUGAUACGAAAGCAUAAAACGUCUGAGGGAAUGAAUUCUACAAACUUGCCACCCACAUCAGAACUGAGCUGUCCUUUUGCCCAGAGGGCACGGGAGAAAGCGAGCCGGGUCCACUCGAAGAUCAACAAUCAAAGCGUGAGAAAGCCCCGCCUCCCUUCGCGUCUCCGAGCGCCCAUUGGCUGACUCUGCGGCCAGCCCUUCAGCCUCACUGGUCCUUCCGGCUGUCGCUCCACGGCGGCGUUCCGGAGCCAGCCACUGAGAGUCACGGAGUUGGGGAUUUUAAAAAUGCGGUGGGCGGGGCGCAUGACUUUUGAACUGAUGGCGGCGGCGCUCCGGUGUACCUGACGCGCAAGGGUCGCCUCGCUCUCUCGUUUGUCUUCGGCCGCGGCACCCGGCACCCGGCACCCGGGACCCGGCAAGCUCAGCGGAGGCGGAACCAUGGGCCCGCGCCGCAAGCCCAGGACCCCGACGAGACGCCCCGCCAGCCCGGUCCCCGGACCCUCGCGGCCAUCCACCAGCCCGCGCCGCCAGCCGAGGUCUCCGGGGAGGCGGCCCUCCAGCCUGACCCCUCCCGAGCCCUCGCGACCGAGCUCCCAGCUAGGCACUUCCGGUCUACGCAGGAGGCGGAAACACCUGUGGCUUAGGGAAAUUCGGAGACUGCAGAAGAACACAGACCUCCUGUUGAGGAAGCAGCCUUUCAGCAGGGUUGUUAGAGAGAUAUGUGGGAAAUUCGCUCGCGGUUUGGACUUAUUUUGGCAAGCCCAGGCCUUGUUGGCCCUUCAAGAGGCAGCAGAAGCAUUUCUGGUUCACCUCUUUGAGGAUGCCUAUCUCCUCACCUUACAUGCCGGCCGGGUCACUCUCUUCCCCAAGGACGUGCAGCUCACCAGGAGGAUCCGAGGCAUUGAGGCAGGACUCGGCUGACCUAGCCGUGUGGUGUGUGUCCAGACAACACCUGGGACCUUCUGGAGCCACAGCUGAACCAGUGGUGCCUGAGGAGCUGCCUGGACUUGGCUGGUUUUGACCAGCGUGUCCACACUGCUCUUUAAACUUUCUUUCUAAAAGAGAAGACUGUGUGGCUCUUCUCUGAGACAGAGGAAAAGCGACCAUCCACAGCACACGCCCAUGGACGUGAUUGUUUGCAGACCAGAGGUCAGCGCUGGCUUCUGAACUGCUCGACCAUGUGACUGUUAGAGGGUUUCGGACACGUAAGAUCGGUUGGGAGGGGGUAGUGUUAUUUUAGUCUUUCUGUACUCUGUAUCUUUUAUCAAUUGUGUAUUUGUACUUUUAUUUAAAAUAUAAGGGAGAAAAAUCUGGGUAAAAUGUUUGAAUCUGUUGUAUGAAAAGCCCUGGAAAUCCCACCAUAUAAAUGUCUGCCUUCCAGGGUGAUCUCAUCACCAGUGCCUGUCAGCAAACAUGCAGCUUUUCAAAACUUAGAAUUGGAUACAAAUCUUUUCUUCCUAACCUUCAGUGCUGGGACUGUACUGUUGAGCUACAUCCGCAGCCUGAAAUAUACAGUCUGUCUGGUUCCCACCAGUAAAUUCCUAUCAAAACCAUUCAGAAUUGGACAUUUUAUUCUUAGCUGUAAAUCAUAUAAAAUGUAUCAUAUCAGUCUGGAGUUUUAAAAUGUGUUUUUUUGGUAUUUUCACAGAUACUUCUUUUUAGCUUA